UUACUUUGCAGUGAACUACCGUCGAGUGUAACAGCAACGGAAGUUUGGCGUAGCAGAACGAACCACCAUAGGAAACCUUUUUACUAGGUUUGCACACAGGUCGACGGUCUCAAAAGGCGCUGACGUGGCCGAAGAAGGAAAUACAGAAAACCAACGAGCAGAGAUGGCAACAAACCACCCUGUAAGUUUCAUGGAGGAGAACAUCAGCGAUGAAGGACGCAAAGUGUUCCUCCACAAUCCGGACGAUAAGGAAAAUGAUGGUGUGUACUUUGGGGUGAACCUCCAGCUACAAGACGGCCGGUUUGUGUUUAAGGACUUCCUUAAGGGUGGACUCGCUUACAAAACUGGCUUCCGAUCUGGUGAUUUGUUAGUCUCGGCAAAUUCCAUCGACAUUGGCAAAGUGGACUUGAUGCAGCUGCUGAAAGAGCUUCUUGGCUACAAAGAGUUUAACUACAUCAUUGGAAUUGAAAGGAAGUUAGACGACGGGACAAACACCUUCAUUUGGAAGAUUUUCAAAAUCACCACAAAGGACGGUGUUCCAGAUGUUGCUGUUCUGGAGACCCUCGAAAAUGAUACAGAUUUAAUGCCAGAUGCCAGCUUCACCCCCUCUACACCAACAUAUGAUUUUAUAAGGGUUACUGGCCAACCGUACAACAUUUAUAUUGAAGACGGUCAAGCUCCCACCAAGUAUCUGACGAUUACUGGCAACAAGCAACUGGUUUUCCAGGAUUACGACGAAUCCAGCAAGUUUUUUCGUUACAGCUACACGGAUCCAGCAGUCGAUCCGAAAAAAGGAGCUGUUAUGGCAUUAUCUUUAUAUGAUUCUUGGCAACAAGGUGUGGAGUCUUCUCCAGCUUCAUCUGAAAACUGGACAGAUACGGAAGUGCUACAAUUUCCACAGUAUAUGACGGGAAACAACAUCCCACCAGAUGCUCGCUUUUGGUACACACUGGUUUAUCAAGGAGGAUUUUCAAUGCAAAGCAUGAUUGCACCAGGAAAAUAUCUUGGAAUUGGGUCUGGCGACAAGGCGAUACUGACAACGACUGCAACGCCGCUCCUAAUUAGUCGGGAUGAAGAAGUUGCCAAGCCAAAACCCGUUGAGUAGGCAAAACAACAAACAUCCGUUUCAGACAUGCGCACAAGAGUCACGCCGAACCGGGUUAUACGAUAAGGAGUAAAUGGACGCUCUAGCAGUCGAAAAAAUUACUCUUGCAGUCGUUGGGAACGACUCUUGAGCGCCUUGGUUCCAUACAUCGAUAUUGUCAUGAGCCGAACAAUGUGUUAUGAUAAGUUCGCCUGUCUGAACCCAACAUUUUAUUUGGGUCAACCUCGAGUCGGUUCUAAUCUCCUGGUUCGGAGCGACUCUGGCGCGCAUGUCUGAAACGGGCCUAAGAUUCUUUAAACAAUACACACAAAAUGUUGCCAUGGGUCUAUAUUCCCCGGCAUGACAGUUUUUUUUUUAUAGCAUGUGUAUCCCGACUUGAUGUAUUAAUUGCAAAAUAAGUCUUGUUAAACUUUGACAAUGUGCGUCAAUAUUUUUGCUCGUAAGUUAAUUUGUUUAGUUUCAAACUAGUUUAAUUAGGAGCAUAUUCAUUACUUCACUAAAAUGUGUCAUUCUGAUCGUUUCAUUUUCAAAAUAGUAAUGGGUUAACAUUAUUUGUUAAAUAUUCAUGAUGAAAAGUGCUGUGUGUAUACCCGCUACCAUACAUUGGCAACCGUAUCGCCCGCUAGCUUUGUGUAAGUAGUAUAGGAAAAUGGCGAAUUUUCUUCUCUCUUCUUUUUUUUACUUUUUUACAUUUUUUUAUAAGAAAUGUUUAAAUGAUACAAAGUUUUUUUUUAAGUCAGAAUUAUUUGCUGUGUAGUUGAAGGCACUAAGACCAGUCUUCUCACUUGGUGUAUCUUUGCAUAAACUAACAAACCUGUGAAAAUUUGAGCUCAAUUGGCCGAU